CUUAACCGCCUUCAACCAACCCAACAAACCCACCCCUAUCACCAUGUACAAACUGGUCGUACUCGCCGCCCUUUUGGCCUACGCCUCCGCUGGCCUUAUUUCCCCCAUUGCCAGUCCGUGGGGUAAUGCUGGUGCUUGGGGUCAUGGACUCGUCGGCGCCCCUGCCGUGGUGAGCGCGCCCAUCGUCAGUGCUCCCAUCGUCAAGCAAGCGGUCCCAGUUGCCACCUCUUACGCUAACACUGUCAGAAUUGCCGCACCCGCCGUUGCCGUCGCCGCUCCCGCACCUCUCGCCUACGCCGCCCACGGUCCCGUGGUCUCUUCUUAUGGCCACGGCUGGUAGACAACCAGUUUGACACCCAGGCCACACCAGUAGAGCCUCGUCAAGAUGCAACAGUCAAUAUUAAACUUAUAACUUAAGACUCUACGAAAACUUUUUUUU